UUGUGUUCUUAACAGCAUUUACAGCCAUUAAGUGGCGGCAUGAUCACAUGACUGCCUAUUCGUGGAGAGUUUAUUGGGUGAUACAACAACUCACGAUCAAAGCAUUUCUGAUUAUGAACUUCCUGAUUUAAAUCAGGUUCUUCCAUUUAACUGUUAUCUUCUUGGUAAGGGUUCGUAAAAAAGAAAUGACCAGAUAUCAUUUCUUUCAUCCCCGAAAUAAGGAUCUGUGAAGCAAUAGAUAAAGCAAUAGAUAAAAGUUGUGUACGAGAAACAGGAUGUAUGAUUUCUAAACUGCAUUUAUAGACAUCAAAUGGUGGUAUGAUGACAUGACUGCUUGUUCUUGAAAGGUGCCAGUUAAAUAUCAACACCCAGUUACAUAAAGGCAACGAGAAAUGUAUUAUACGGAAAAGAUGAAAGUCGUAUUUGGAUCAUUGGCACUCCAUAUCGCCUCCCAUUGUUGGAAAGUCUGCAUUGUCGGUUUCCUACUCAACGGUUUACUUGGACUGGGCAUGCUAAACCUACCCAGAAAGAGCCUCCUCAAUAACGAUAUAGAAGAAGUCUAUAUGCCGAGAGAAACGAAAACGGGGGAAACUGAACAAUUUAUCCUCAACCUGUUUCCGGAUUACAGCGGGACAGACUUUUACACACACCAGGCGGUAAAGCAACCGCUGUAUACGGAAUUCAUUAUUUGGAGAAAGAACAAACAAAGUCUUAUUAAUGACUCCUUGUAUGGAGAGAUUUAUUCUUUAAUGCAAGGUAUCAAAAAUAUCACCUUACACUAUGUUAAUGAUACAGCAGUCGAUUAUUCACACCUCUGCGCUCGUAGGGAUGACAAAUGUGUAACUACUGGAGAAGAAAUCAUUGAGCAAUUACGCGAAUGUAAAGAUGGAAUGUUACCACUGAACACCUUUCAAUCUGAAAACAAAACGAUUUUUGAAAAUCCUUUAUUUCAACUUGCAGAUUACAUAAUUGAAAAUGAUACUCUUAUAAGUGCCAUGUAUCUUAAAGUCAGGUUUAACCUCCGCCAAGAUACCAUACUAUACGAAAAGCAUUCCAAACAUUGGAUGGAUCGUUUCAUAACUCACAUGAAACAAAUAUUUGAGCUUCAGGAAAGCAAAGAUCUUUCUUUUACAUUCUCACACUCAAAGUCAUUUCUGGAAGAGCUCGGUAACGAUACUUAUACCGAUAUUCCUUACUUUUCAUUCGUAUUUACUAUUUAUUUCUUUUACAUGGGGUUUGUUAUGUCUGGCGGAAAUAUUCUUGCCAAGAGGGUCAACAUCGGGAGAAUGGGAAUCAUCGUUACACCAACCAGUGUGCUAGGUGCAUGGGGGCUGCUUAUGGCGUGUGAGGUCGAAUUCACAAAUGUAAUAGGUGUUGCGCCACUGUUUAUAGUAGGCCAUCAAAUUAUCAAUACAAUGAUAACUCUAUCGCACCUGUCUGAUGCAAAUGAUAUACCUGAUUCCAAACUGCGUGUGGAAUAUGCGGUAAAAAUGUCCGCUCUUCCGGUAACUACGACCAUGAUGUGCUAUGUUGUUCCAUUCACAGUGGCAAUUUUCUCAAAGUAUUACGCUAUUGAGCUCGUAGGCAUUUACGUAGUGGCAACUAUGGUAUUCAACUACGUCAACCAUUUUGUAUUUUACACUGCCUGUCUGGCUAUACACGAGCAACGUAUCGACGCCGGUCGUCACUGCUGUAUCUGUACGAAGUUGAGACCCAGAGAAGAACUUGAAGGACGCAGCUGUUGUAUCAUCUGUUGCUGUAGUGGUAGCCGGCCUGAAAAAAGGACUGAUACUGAAAGUUCAAUUGAAAAGAUUUCAAGGAAAGCCAUGCUACGCUUUCUAUUGACCACUACAUCUAAAUGCAUUUCUUUGUUUUCCUAUAUGUUAUUAACUGCAUUUUCUGUAUGGGGUAUUCUUAACUACAAGGUGGAUGUAUUACAGACAAACGAAGUUCUUUCAACUUCUUAUUUCCAUAGCUGGAAUGAAAAACAUGUAAGUUUUUAUAACGAAACGUUUACUAUACAGUUUGUGACCAUUCAUCCUAGCGGAUAUGCAAAUGACUUGGUAACAAUAUUAGACUUUGAAAAAAAGUUAAAAUCAAAAUCAUUCUUGAAUAACCAACUUCUACUAUCCUGGAACGAUUUGUAUGAAAAUAGUUCGUAUGUAAAUUACACAUCAGAGUUAGCUUUGAGUUUAUCGGUCAAAAACAAAUUUAUUCCAGAAAAUAAUGUCUUUUCUCGUGAUAUACGUUUUGAUCAAAAUGAUUCAAGCAUUCUUGCAUCAAGAUGUUACAUAAACACGAAAUAUACAUCAACCAUGUCCAUGAUUUCAUUGAAGAAAGAGCUCUUCGAUUUAGCUGAUGAAAUGAGUGACUAUUUAGAAGACAAAUAUAAUGACAUUGACGAACAUGUCCUGCCUUUUAAGACAGAUGAUAAGUAUGUUUCUGUACAUUCACCAGAUUUUAUCUUAACUGACGCAUGGAAGCAACCGCUUUGGGAGUAUUUCAUAUUCACUGGAACACAAAUAGGGCUAGUGAUAUGUCUACUGUUUCUUCUGAAACCAAAUUUGUCCUCUCUUAUUCUCAUACCACUAGUAUAUCUUUCGAUGGUUACCUGUCUCUUUGGUGUAUCUCGCUUCUUAGGAAUUUAUUUGACUCAAGUCUCUGCAAUCAUCUAUAUGAUGGCGGGAUGUUUCUUUGUGGAAGUUGUCGUUCACACAUUUUAUUCAUACUUUCAAGCAACUGGAAUAAACAAAGCGGCACGUGUAAAUGUGAUUUUAGGCACGACAUCACAAUCUUUAUUCCAUGCUAUGUUUGGACAGGUUUUAGGACUUCUGGUGUUGUUUGUGGUAAGGUCCUACGUUUUCGUGACUGUUUUUAGGCUUGCUAUUCUCACAACUGGCAUUUGUGUCAUCUUUAUCAUUCUUUGGGUACCUAUCUUAUUGUCUGUUUUUGGGCCUAGUGCCACAGACACUAAGUCGGAAAUACUAGAUAGUUACAAGAUAGACCUAACUUCUAUAAGUUUUGAUGAUGUAAAAAUAAAUGAACAAACCGGUGUGGAUAACCCUGCCUGCUUACAUACUAAAAGGGCAUAGGAGAAAAUGUGAUAUGUAUCAAAUCAAGAACAUUUCAUAUUUCCCUUAUAGGGCAUGUACAUAUUGUUUGCAGAAUGUAUCAAACAUGUCAACAUUUAAACGUUUUUCAGGGGGCCUCCGUUGCCAAGUGGUUAAGGUUACUGACUUCAAAUCACUUGCCCCUCAUCGAUGUGGGUUUGAGCCUUACUCUGGUUAUUAAAUUGUUCAGAGCCAGUUGUAAGGAAUCCAUCCAGCUGGCUUACGGAGGGUCGGUGGUUCUAUCCAGGUGCCCGCUCGUGAUAAAAUAAUGUACGGAGGAGCACCUGGGGUCUUCCUCCGCUAUCAACUCUGGAAAGGCACCAUAUGACCUAUAUGCCGGUGUGUCGGUGCGACGUUAAACCCAACAAAAAAAUAAUAAAUUAAAUGUUUUUCCAAAAAUAUUCAAAACUUUCCAUUCCAACAUUCAAAAACAUUUCAAUAUUCUAAACAUAGUUAGCAAAAAGACCUUUGGAAGAUUUUUCAAUUAAAAGUUGCUUUUGUCAAACCUGAUACCCAAUUGAAACGUUGUAUCCUUACACCGCCAAUCCUGUUAUAAAGCAAAGCAGACUAAAUACCUGGCAUUUUCUAUUAAAUUAGCAAACUUGAAGGAGCUUUACCUUACUUUCUGGACCUUUUUCCAUUGUCUUCAAUCUAUAUGAUCCAGACAAAAGCGAUCCUGCCUGAUGCAAAGCAAUAUAUAUAUUUCUGUUAAACAAAUUCACUGUAACAUCAGCUCAAAUAGGAAACUUCUUAUCGUAGGUGCAGUGUGUGAUCUAAGUUAUACGCGAAUUCCUUAAUGCAAUUGCUUCAUGAUGAAAGUGAUACAAACAUGUCAAGCAUACCUGACAUGCGAUUCAAGCAAUGAAUUGCGACGAAGUUAAGGUGACGCAUUCUCUAUGCAGCAAGAAUAAAACAAAGAAAUAUUAUUUUGCGACUACAGUCGUUAUUUGUGUGGCUUUGCUAUUAUGGAUGCAUACUUAGCGUUUGUAUACCUACUUUUGGCUUAGUGACUUACUACAAAUCUAUGCAUGGAAAAUGUUAAACAUUACUCUUGAGUGUUUUUAAUUACUUCGUUUUCUUAUGUUCGAAAUUAUUUACUGGUAUUUUACGGAUGGCACCGUAUAUUCUGAAAUUAUGCUGCAUUACAUCUCCACAGUGCAUUUAAUACCAUAUAUGGAAUGGGACAAUAAGCAAACUAUUUCAGGCGCAGACGAAAUGCAGAUUUCAAUACAGCCAGAGUAUCACUGCUAUGCUAUCUUUUUCUGGAUUGUAUGUAAUUGUGAAUACUGAAAUCCAAUUUGAGUCGUUUUCAUGGAAAACAAAUCAACACUAAAAUCUAAGUUCGUGCAUUUUUUUGUUUUCUAUCGCGAUUGGUAGAAAGUCAACCACUAUUUCAUAGACUGGCUAUUUUCUGUAUUUUUUUACUAUGAAUAUGUUUCGUGUGUAUGUUAUAUAAGAGAAAGAAACUUCAAUAAAUGGUAUAAACUCAAA